GCUAGGGCGGUCAGGGUGCAGCUCCAGGAUAGGACCAUGGCACUGCUGCUGCUCUCCUUGCUCGGCCUCCUGCUCACCUGGGAGGGGGGCCAGGCCCUCGUUCCCCCCAGUGAGCUCAAACAGAUGUCGGCAGCUGGCAGCAAAUACAUUGACACGGAGGUGGAGAAUGCCAUCAAUGGGGUGAAACAGAUGAAGACCCUCAUGGACAAAACCAGUAAGGACCACCAAGCCAUGCUGCACAACUUGGAGGAGACCAAGAGGAAGAAGGAGGAGGCGGUGCAGCUGGCCCGGGAGAAGGAGCAGCAGCUGGCAGCGAAGCAGGAGGUGUGCAACGAGACGAUGCUGGCCCUGUGGGAAGAGUGCAAGCCCUGCCUCAAGCACACCUGCAUGCGCUUCUACUCCCGCACCUGCCACAGCGGCUCAGGGCUGGUGGGGCGGCAGCUGGAGGAAUUCCUCAACCAUUCCUCCCCCUUCUCCAUCUGGGUGAAUGGCGAGCGCAUCGACUCGCUGCUGGAGCGGGACCAGAGGCAGGAGCGGCAGUUUGAAGACCUGGAAGAACGUUUUGGCUUACUGGAGGAUGGGGUGGAUGACAUCUUCCAGGACAGCACCCAAGUCUACGGCCGCAUGUAUCCCUUCUUCCAAGCACCCUUUGGCGGCUUCCGUGAGGUUUUCCGCCCUCCCAUCCAGCACAUCCGCUUUGCCCCGCGCCGUGAGAGGUUCUCCCGGGAGCUCCAUCCCUUCUUCCAUCAUCCCCAUCACAGCUUCCACCACCUCUUCCAGCCCCUCUUCGAGAUGACGCAGAGGAUGCUGGAGGAAGCACAGGGCGGUUGGGAGCACUCCUUGGGUGGCUUUGCUCCAGAGUCCCGAAAUUCCAGCAACGACCGCAUGGUGUGUCGGGAGAUCCGUCGUAACUCGGCUGGCUGCCUGCGGAUGCGGGAUGAAUGCGAGAAGUGCCGGGAGAUCCUCAGCGUGGACUGCUGGCAAACGGACCCAGCCCAGAGCCAGCUGCGGGAGCAGCUGGAGGACGCUCUGCACCUGGCUGAACGCUUCACUCGGCAUUACGACGACCUCCUCCGUGCCUUCCAAGCUGAGAUGCUCAACACCACCACCGUCCUGGACCAGCUCAACCGCCAGUUUGGCUGGGUCUCCCGUUUGGCCAACCUCACCCAAGAAAACGAUGGCUUCCUCCAGGUCACCACGGUCCUCUCGAAGGCUCCCAACCUCGAGGACCCUUCAGCACCCCCCGACACACAGGUAACAGUGCAGCUCUUUGACUCAGAGCCACUGUCCCUCAUUGUGCCUGGGGACAUCUCCUGGCAGGACCCUCGCUUCAUGGAGAUGGUGGCCGAGCAGGCACUUCGGCACUACAAGGAAAAUGCCAUAGAGUAGCUGGGUGAUGCUCCCCAUCACUGCCGCAGCCUCACCAAGCCCCCCUCUGCUACCCUGUCCCCAUGCCAGGGGGGCGAAUGCCACUGCCCUCAUCACUACCCUUGCCUCCACUCCUGCUGCAGUCCCACCAUGGGCCCCAAACAGAAAAUAAAG